AUGCCUCCAGUUCGAGGCAAAGCAGCAUGUAUCGCCUGUCGCUCGCGGAAGCAAAAGUGCAAUGAAAAGAGACCUGAAUGCUCUCGGUGUCAAGCGCUUGGCAUCAAAUGCACCUGGCCCACAGCCCGCAGACGUGGUCCCGCAAAGGGUUACACCGAAGCACUUGAACGUCGACUAGGGGACACAGAGCUGGCUUUGCUACAACUCUUACUCGUUUCGAAUCCAGAAACGAUUGAAAGUGCCUUCGGACCAGACACGUUCGAAUUGGCACAAUCCAUCUGGGCCAACCGCCAGGCAAAAGCUGACUCGGGGGAGGGCCGUCUUGAGGGCGAACGGGCUGAGGCAUCAUUGAUGGCACAGUGGGAUAAUACAUCUCUGAAAACUGCCGACGGGAUCAACGAGUGGGUCAACGGGAUGAGGCAUGGUGAACCAGAAACAUCUGCCGAUGUCUCAACAGAUCUUAGGAAAAGCCAGCAAUUACCUGUUGGCGAGCAAGCUCCAGGGCAACUUCCGGCUACUGUAAGCCAUCCAAACAGGGACGAAACUCGUACACCAGGUGAAGUCUGCGCACUGAGACAAAGUGGCGUCCCAACGUCGCAUAAUUCAGCCCCGUUUAGAUCAGACAAGAGAGAUCAUCCGGGAGAGACUGCAGACGAACCUCUAGAUGACAGAGACGGUGGAUCUGGUGUUCGCGGGAAGAUAGAUCUUCCUGCUGAGUUUCAAAGCCAAUUUUUGUGGUAG